GCAGGAGGGGGCCUGAAGAAAAUGGCGGUGAAUCAAAGUCACACCGAGAACCGCCGCGGGGUCGUCAUCCCUGUUGGCGAAAGUGUCUUGACUCAGUGUCAGGAUGUAGAGCUCUCCUUCCUACAGCAACCAGAGGGAUCCAGUUACUUCAGUGGUACGAAGAAAGGAACGUUGUUUCUUACUUCAUACCGGGUGAUCUUCGUGACUUCACACACAGUCAAUGACCCCAUGUUUUCUUUUAUGAUGCCAUUUGAUCUGAUGAGUAACUGUACCAUCGAACAACCAGUCUUUACCCCCAACUUCAUUAAAGGAGUCAUUCAGGCAGCUCCAAAUGGUGGCUGGGAAGGACAGGCUACUUUUAAAUUAGCCUUCAGAAAAGGAGGUGCCAUCGAAUUUGCCCAGUUGAUGAUGAAAGCUGCCUCUGCUGCUGCCAGAGGAGUUCCACUUGGAAGUGUAAAUUGCUGGUUCAGCACUCCAGGACUGUACGUAGUUACUGGGCAGGGGGGCAUGAUGUACACCCAACAGAUGCCUUGUCCAGGAUACCCAUUUGUUGUCUAUGGACCCCCACAGGCGGGAUAUGGACCCCCGCAGGCAGGAUAUGGACCCUCACAGGUGGGAUACGGACCCUCACCAGGGGUGUAUGGAAUGCCACAGGUGGGAUACGGACCCCCACAAGCAGGAUAUGGGCCCCCACCUGGGGGAUACGGAACCCCACCUGCAGGAUACGGACCCCUACCAGCUGGAAAUGAAGCUUUACCGGCUGCAAAUGAAACCCCACCAGCUGCAAAUGAAGCCCUGCCUCCGGGAUAUGAAGUUCUACCUGCUGGAAAUAGAGCUGGGUCUAGCAAAGUGAUGGUAGCCCAGCCUGCUGGGUAUGAGCCUUCUCUUCCCCCUGCUUCAUCUUCUGAGGCCCAUCCACCAUCUUUUAGGAAAUAACCUUUGAAGACUCACCAAGCAAAGUGGCACUCAAAAACCAAAGUCAGGAUAAGAAGGCGGACUCAGAGUUUCUUCUUUUCUCACUUUUAUCUACAUGGACAGAAGUGACAAGGAGAGGAAGAGGGAGAGAUUCUACAAACCAGAGCAGUAGGGUUCCCCUCAUUCAGCUUUUCAGUUUCUGCUGGAAUGUGAUGGUGCCAGGCAGUAGGAGGUGUUUCCUUGCAUGUGGUGCCUCGAACCUCUCCGCACAUCCUUGAGGUCCUGAUUGCAAGCCCACCGGAGUGAGAGAGAUCUUAACCAGUCCACGUAAUACAGCUUGGGGAUGAAGACUGAUUUCUAGGUUCUCGUUAGAAAACAGGCUUUCUUCCUGCCUAUGUCCUGAGGAGAAAAAAGAAGCUGCCGAAGAACCGAAGUCUGGGGUCACCCUGGCUUUACACCCUCGAUUAAAGUCUGCUUGCUGUCGCAACACC